AUUUAACCUUCUUCUUAUCUUUUGAUCUUUUACUUUAUGACAAGUUUCGAAAGGUUCAUUUUGUAACAGAUUAGAAAUAUGAUGAUUUUCUUCAUGCUUCUUGUUCCUGCCAUCUUGGCCCAGGACGAUGUAAGUAGCUGUCCUUCAAACUUAAUUCGCAGCAGUGCAUUAAUAGCACAUAACGGUUAUUGCUAUGAAUUCGUCCUUAAUCACAAUUUUGACUGGGAACAUGCACAUGGCGAUUGCACAUCCAAAGGCGGACAUCUUGUCGUAGUAAGAAGCAGUACUGACAACUUAUUUCUAAUGAGUUCACUAAGGUCAUUAAAUUUCCAUGGAGAUAUUGUAUGGAUAGGACUUUCCGACCAGAAAGUAGAAGGAAGUUAUGAAUGGCCAACAGGAGAACCAGUCACGUACACAAACUGGGCGUCAGGACAACCAGAUAUCCAGGCAAUCAUUGAGGACUGUAUUGUAAUGAAGUAUUCAGAUGGUGGACAUUGGCAUGACUAUUCGUGUUUCAACUAUAUUUUCCACCAUAACAAUUACCCCUGGAUCUGUGAAUAUAAACAAGAACAUUUCGCAGUGAAAACUACUACGACUACCAAGACUACCACGACAACGAUGCCUGAUAGAGAACGCCCGGCAACUACUGAAGAAGGAGUGUACCUAACACCUGGAGGCUCAGCUACUAUAAUAGGAAAAUAAACACAUGAAAUCAAUAUUAAAGGAUGGAUACAAUU